AUGACGAGCAGAAAAGUGGGGGCCAGAGCCCCCACCAGGGAAAUGUCUAGUACAGCCAAGGUUGCGGGGCUGCCGCCAGGACCCCAGAACUGCAGGGCCAUUGGCAACAUGCAGUGCAGACCUGGAAAAGCUGCAGGCACCAGCGCAGCUCACUGGGUUGUGCCUGGCAGAGCUGUGGAAGGGUUGGUAUCUUUUGAGGAUGUGGCUGUGGACUUCACCUGGGAGGAGUGGCAGGACCUGAAUGAUGCUCAGAGGACUUUGUACAGGAAUGUGAUGCUGGAGACCUACAGCAGCCUGGUGUCAUUGGGGCUCUGCGUUACCAAACCUGAGGUGAUCUUCAAGUUGGAGCGAGCAGCAGAGCCAUGGAUGAUAGAAGAACACCCAAACCAGAGCCUACAAGAUGUCCAGAUAGUAGAUAAUCUAAUUGAGAAAAGCCAAGAAAGUCCUGCUACACAUUUGUGGCAAGGUGUAAUCGCCAACAGCAACACAUCAACUGAGGAGAGAGUUGAGUUAGGAAUAAAAUUUAAUUUAAGCUCACCUGAUGAGAUGCAUGAUGGAGAGAAAGCUGAUGACUGUAAUAUGACUGGGAAAUCGCACAGACAUCAUGAGCAUCUUAGUCAGCAUAACAAGAUUCAAACUGAGCAGCGGCCUUUUAAAUAUAGUGGACAAGGGAAAGCCUUCAACAUAGAGCCAAUAUUAUUUACACAUAUGAAGUUUCAUAUGGGAGAGAGCUCUGAUAAAUGUAAUAAAUAUGGGAAAGCCUUUGAUAAGUCAACUCUUAUCACCCAAGAUAUAAUUCAGGUAUCAAGAAAAACUUUUGUAUGUAACAUAUGUGGAAAAAUAUUCUAUAAAAAGUCUAAACUCACUAUACAUCAAAAAAUACACACAGCAGAGAAACUCUAUAAAUGUAGUGAAUGUGAGAAAUCCUUCUUGAAGAAAUUAUCCCUUAUAAUCCAUAAGAGGACACAUGCAGGGGAGAAGCUAUAUGUGUGUAAUGAAUGUGGAAAUACCUUUCACCAGAAGUCACUCCUCAGGAGGCAUCAGAGAACUCACACAGGUGAGAAAGCGUAUGAAUGUGAAGAAUGUAGGAAAUCUUUCUCCUAUAAAUCACACCUCAAUAGACAUAAGAGAAUUCACACAGGGGAAAGGCCCUAUGAAUGUAAUGAGUGUGGAAAAACCUUUCACCAGAAGGCAUACCUUAGCACGCAUCAGAUCAUUCACAAAAGGGAGAAGCCUUAUGUGUGUGAUGAGUGUGGAAAAAUCUAUCACCUGAAGUCUCUCCUCAGGAGGCAUCAGAAAAUUCACAGUGAGAAACUAUAUGAGUGCAAAGAAUGUAGAAAAUCUUUUUACCAUAAAUCACACCUCAAUACACAUCAAAGAACUCACACAGGGGAAAGGCCCUAUGAAUGUAAUGAGUGUGGAAAAACCUUUAACCGUCAGUCAAACCUCAGCAUACAUCAAAAAAUUCAUACAGGGGAAAGACCCUAUGAAUGUAAUGAGUGUGGAAAAACCUUUCACCGGAAGGCAAACCUCAGCACGCAUCAGAGAAUUCACACAGGUGAGAAACCAUAUGAAUGUAAAGAAUGUAAGAAUACUUUCAGCCUUAAAUCAGUCCUCAGUGUUCAUCAGAGAAUUCACACAGGUGAGAAACCAUAUGAAUGUAAAGAAUGUAGAAAAUCUUUCUACCAGAAGUCAAACCUCAAUAGACAUGAGAUAAUUCACACAGGAAAAAGGCCCUAUAAAUGUAAUGAGUGUGGAAAAACCUUUAACCGCAAGUCAAACCUCUGCACACAUCAAAAAAUUCAUACAGGGCAAAGGCCCUAUGAAUGUAGUGAGUGUGGAAAAGCCUUUCACCAGAAGUCACACCUCAGCAGCCAUCAGAGAAUUCACACAGGUGAGAAACCAUAUAAAUGUAAUAAAUGUAGAAAAUCUUUCUAUCACAAAUCACUCCUCAAUGUACACCAGAGAACUCAAGGUGAGAAACCAUAUAAAUGUAAUAAAUGAGAUCAUAAAUCACACCUUAAUAGACAUAUGAGAAUUUAAACAGGGGAAAGGCCCUAUUCGUGUAAUGAAUGUGGAAAAACAUUUCAUCAGAAGUCAAAUCUCAAAAAAAAAAAAUUGGUUGAAUUUGCAAAUUUGGAUCCCAUGGAUAUGGAAGGCUGA